AUGGACAUGGAAAGGUACUCCCUAGUCCCCAGAGAUCUAGAUGGAUUGAAGAAGGAAGUUCAGGUGCGGGUUUCCCCCAUGGAACUGAAAUUCCACGAUGCAGUAGCUGGAAGAAUUUACCGCUCACCAGUUACACUACACAAUCUUGGCCGCUGGAACCAGAAAAUCCGGUUUCAGGAGCCUAGCAAGCCACAGUUCAAACUGAUACUAACUAACUUGGAAAAGGAGCUUGCUUCAGGCCUACAUUUUACGGUGAUGAUAGAAUACCAUCCAAUUAAAAAUGAAGAGAUUUCUGACCAGUUAUUAAUCACAGUGGGAAACAAAGUAAUAGCGGUUCCUCUCAUUGGGUUGAUACCCUGUUGUCAGCUUGAAAUUGAACCAGUAGUUGAUUUCGGCACAUUAGUUGCUGACAGUACAGUAUAUUGUAAAGAGGUUCAUAUUGUUAACCAUGGGAAAGCUCCUGGUUUGUUUCGUACAGAUUACCAGGGCCAUUUGCCUAUACUCAUUGCUCCAACAACUGGUACUGUGAAACCUAAAUCAUUUGUAGUUAUCAAAGUGGAUUUCUGUGCAAACCAGCCCAGAAUUGUGAAUGAAGUAGCGAGAGUGCGUUUACAAGGUCGUCCUGAUAUACUUUUAAAUAUCAAAGUUCAUGUGGUUGAACAGAUUAUUGAAUUAUUUAACAUGAAUAAUAACAAAAAGUUGGAAUGUAUAAGAUUCGGUUCUGUUUUUUUUGGAACAUCAAAAAUUGAACAUGCAAUUCUACAUAAUAAUAGCCCUCAAACCAUAAAUUGGGUGGCAAUAAUGGAAGAUGAUUCUGUUGGGGAAGAAUUAGGUUCAAAUGUUCCAGAGAGAACAGAUAUUGCCUUAAAUAAUCUUGCUUAUUUAAACAAAAUAAAGGACAUAGAUGUUACUAAUUUUAUCUCAUGCAUGCCUAAUUCGGGGACUUUAUUACCAUAUGAAAAGAUUGUGAUUACAUUUUGUUUCAGUCCAAAGUUAGUAGCUGAUCGUAUAAAGGAUAUUGGGCCUUCGCAUAGGCAAGACUAUGCUCUCUAUGUAAGGUUUGAUUCAGUAGGUAGUAAAGAUGGCUUUUUGAGAGAUGAUGACUAUAAAACUAUCCAAAGUGAUAGGCAUCAAAAAGUGGAAUUAGCAUUGACAGGCUCAGGACUUCCUGUAGUAUUACAGUUUGAUCCAGGAAAUGUCCUUCAUUUUCCACCUUGUAAUAUGGGAGAACAUUCUGAUCUUAUGUGUAUUGUUCAAAAUCAGUCUAAAUCACUUCCUGUGAUGUACCGUUUUCAAAAUACUGCACAUUUUACAAUUGAUCCUGCAAGGGGAAAGAUUGAUGAAGGGUGUAUCCAGAAUGUGAUAUGUUCCUUUACUCCACGCCAAAUUGGAUCCUUCAAAGUACAGCAAAUAAUAGAUAUUAUUGGCCCAGUGGCAGAUGAAAAAUUAGAGUCUUUAUCAAUGAAACCAUUUCAUCAAAUAUAUUUAGAGUUCCAUAGUGUAUGCAAAGCUGUCACUAAGAAAGUGGUGAUGAAAAUUAAUCCUGGUUUAUCUCCUUUCGUCAGUAAUCCUAUUGGAAAGUUUGUAAUCAAAGAUUUGGCAAAAAAUAAGAAUCCUGUACCUGUAGCAAUGCUGCAAUCAGCCACAACAUGCCUGCAUAAUCAUCACAUAAAUGAAAAGUCCACAGCCAAUGCAUUGAUAGCCUAUCCCAAUGACCGACCUGGGAGUAUAAGGCCUGGAGAUCACCAUAAGACUUUCAGGACAAUUUUCACGAAGACUCCAAGACAUAAUUAUAUAGAUCAUGAAUAUGAAUAUACUAGCCUUGAACAAGAAAAAAAGAAAGCACAUCAAGACUAUUACACAAAAUAUAUUAGAAACUCAAGGAACAUUCGCCUACAGAAAGAAGCAGAGAGGCAACAUAUGUGUUCACAUAAUGACACAGACAUAGGCUUACAACCAGGGUCGGGCCUAAAGUCACCCCCUCUCUCAGUAGCUGAAAUAGAAGAGGUAAUACCUUUACCUCCACCAGAGUCUCCCAUCAAUGACACUCAGUUAUUAAGUACAAAGAAAAUGGCAUCGAAGGAGAUAGAGGCCCAACAUAAUAAGGUUCUCAAAGGACUUAAAUCAGAACCAUCCACUAACCAGGAGAAACAUGAGUGUAGCUUACAUUUGACACCAAAGCAAAUUCAUCAAGUAAUUGUUGGACCCUCAAUUCUGAACUUCGGUAAUAUCUGUGUGAGCUCUACAAACAUUCGUCAAUUGCAUUUUAUUAAUAUGCUCUCUAUGCAUGUUUUGGUCCAGUUAGAUGUUAACAUGGAAGAACUUCAGAAAACAAAACAAUUAUCAUUUGUAAUUCCACCCACAGCUAGUACUUAUGUUUCAAUGGUAUUUGAAUCCCAUAAAAUUGGAAAUUUUUGGAAGUCAUUUACAUUUACAGUCAACAGCAUUCCUGGUGGGCAUAUCCUGGUGAUGGCAGCUAUUACAGCAAUAAGACUUGAAUUAUCUUCUAAGGAGAUAUUAUUGAAACCCCAAGCUUUCUUAGUGAAAACGUGUUUUCGAGGGACAGUUAAAUUGCAUAAUCGCCAGAAUCUUCCUGCUCGGUUUGGAUGGCACCCAAUAAAUACAGAUAAAGGGGUUGCCUUUUCUAUUCGUCCAGCUAGUGGCAUCGUUGAUCCAUAUUGCUCACUGGAAUGUGAGGUAUCAUGGCAACCAACUUUUAAUUCUCCAGAGAUUGGGGAAUUUAUUCUUCAAGUUGUUGGUGGAAACACAUUGACAUUAAAAUGUGUUGCACAGGUAAUUAUCAUUUAA